AUGCUCCUCAGAGGAUUACAAGCCUGUGCUGAGCGUGCCUCGAUGUCGCGCGCGACGAACUUGGAUCGAAUUUCGAAGGCCAUCAAGGAAUUUUUUGAAAGAAGAAGGACAUUGAGGCUUGAUCCAAAUGCACCGCAUAUUGAGCGGCAGAAGAAGAUUAUUGAAGCAGCACAAAGAAGAACGAGUCUAAAGAAGUUCCACAGGGAUCCCCGCGAAUAUAAUAUUCCGCUCGCAGCCUUGCUGUGUGAAGACGGGACUCGCACCUCUUCUCGUCAUGAGAUGGAAAUCAUUGCGGAGAGGUACUAA